UUUAUACCUGAAACAGUUUCAUUUGAUUUUAUCUGAUAUUUUGCACUUAUGGUAUUUUAUAAUAAUAUUUUGUUGUCUGCCAUUUAACAAACCCAGCUUAGAAUACAGAAAAUCUUACGAGUUUGCAGCCGUGUGCAGUGUGAAGUGGUGCUCAGGCCUUUCAGACAGCACUUGAGGGUCCUCGAUCAUAGUCUAAAUGACUGGAGACCUUUGAUGGACCACUAAAUAGCUGAGCCUUGAGUUAUGAGAAGGAUGACUGGGAGGGUAAUAUCAAUAUCAUGUAAGUGUUGCAUUUACUCAGAAGUGAUUUGCUACUUUUGGAUAAGUGAGCAACAUUCAUUUUUGAUAGGGAGCAAAAUGAAAGUUUAGAAAAUGAUCAAGAAACAGUUAUGUACAUGUGUGAUCUAAUUUUUUUUAGUGCAAAACCCUUAAAAAAAAAUAAUCGAUUUUAAAAAACUAAUUUUUUAAAUUAAAUUAGAAUUUUGUUUUUUAAAUUAAAUUUUAAAUUUGUUUGUUUGUUUGUUUUAGGAUAAAGUAAAAAAAAUGUCAGCGGGAUAAAACUGUCUUUAUAUUAUAAUGCAUAAUAAAAAGAAAGAAUUUCUGUGAAUUUAUUGAAUAGAAAGCUUUAUUAAGAAGUUUGGCUUUUGUUCAUUAACUUUUACAUUGAAAUUAUGUUUAAAACUUUACGAAAAUAUUAAGAAUUCAAAUUUUAAGAACAAAUUUGACUGUAUUUUACAGUAAAACACAUUACCACACAUAAUAUGUAAUUUUACUGUAAAAUACUGUAAAAAUUUAUGUUUUUGCAAGUAAAAACUAUGAAUUACCAUAUAAUUUACGGUCAAAAACAGUAAAAUGACAUUCCCAGAAAUCCCUGCAUUACACAACUCAUAUGAUUAUAUAUUUUUUUGUAAAUAAUUUGGUUUCUUCUUAUUUUUUGUAUCAAAAAUGUACAUUAGUGUGUUUUGUGUUACAUUUUAUGUUAUGUAAUUAAUGUUUAUUGCAUUAUUUUAGUGUCCUAUGUUACCCUGAUGGUGUUUUGUCUUUGUACAUAUGACCACCGUCUAUGUUUUAUGAAAAGGCAGCUUAUGAUGAACUCUGAUUCAUCAUGUGGCUUUCUAUUGUGCCACCUGUGUUGUAGUGGUGGUUAACGUUACAUUUAAGUAGGUAUUUUAACAUAUGAUUUAAUGAAAUGUACUGUUAUAAGCAAAACAUACAGGGAUCCUGUAAAACUGGACACAUUGUCACAGUACUUUUACUUUUUUAAUUUAAUGGGAUAUUUUUACUAUAUAUUAUAAUCAGUUUGAUUAUGGAAAAAAAGCUCUUUUUUAUUUCCAAUCUUACUCUUAAACUUUCCAAACCAAAUACUGUGACAUGCCAUGUGAUGUUGACAGCCUCAGUUGGACCAUAACUGGGGGAGUCUUAUCUUUGGGGUGGUGCACUCAAGUGGUCUCAGUUAUGCAGAGGGUCCUGACUGAGAUAUAAGCGCUUAAAUAGAAGGUCUCAGAUGACCCUCAAAUUCCUUAAUCAUUAGACACCUUUAGGCUUAUCACAGCUCCCGGUCAGCUCCACCUUCCAGAGCUGGAAGAAAUCAUUUAGCCGGAAUGGGGAGGAGCAUGCUGGAUGUCAUCUCUGGUGCUCUCGGCGACUGGCAGGGCAGAGGUGUCAGCAGAACACAGGAGCAUGAAACACCAUACUGUCGCCCAUUUUGCACUCUCAGUUUUGUGACAAAAAAGCUCGAUGGUAAAUGAACAUCUACAUUUCGGCAACCUGAGACCAUGAAUGUGGACCGAGAAGAUGGGAAAUGUCGUGCGGGGUGCCGUGGCCUUCAUGCCCUCCGAGAGAUGUCAACGCUUCUUAGUAGGCGACUUGAAGGAGAUGCCGCUUGAUCGUACUCUAGACCUGAGUAGCCGGCAGUUACGUCGCUUUCCCAUCAGAGCUUCUGCUUUCAAUGAACUAGUCAAACUCUAUCUGAGCGACAACCACCUGAGCAACCUGCCGUCAGAGCUGCGAAACCUUCAGAAGCUCCAGCUUCUAGCCUUGGACUUCAACUGUUUCGAGGAGCUUCCUCUGGUUGUAUGCAGCCUCGUUCAGCUUAACAUCCUCUACCUCGGUAAUAACCGACUGUACUGGUUGCCGAAGGAACUGCAGCAACUCACCGAGCUUAAAACGUUAUGGCUGGAGACCAACUGCUUCUCCAAGUUCCCUCGAGUAAUAUGCGAGCUUCCCAACAUCAAGACCCUUCAUUUGGGCUACAAUCAGCUACGUAGUUUACCCUCAGAGCUUGGGCGACUGGAGGAGCUGCGCAGCAUCUGGCUAGCAGGCAACUUGCUAAAUGACUUCCCUCCUGUGCUGCUGAAGAUGCAUUACUUGGAGGUGAUUGAUGUGGACCGCAAUCGCAUUCGCCAGUUUCCGUCGCUCGCCUACUUAAGAGGCUUGAAGCUCGUCAUCUACGACCACAAUCCCUGUGUUAACGCUCCCGUGGUGGCUGAGGGCGUGAGACGGGUAGGCCGCUGGGCCGACAGCUCUGAUGAUGAGGAAGAUGAGGGUGAUGGAAAGGUUGCCAAAGCAAGUGUGAAUGUCCAGGGAUCACUGGAAGACAACGAGUGAAGAAGAUCUGUGAGGAACCCUACAGCAAACAGCUAUAUGAUACAAAGAGCAUCAUGAUACUGACGAAUAUUAGAAUCUGAUAAGGAAAACUGCUGAAAUACUGAGAUGCUUGUGAAAAAUGACAAUUAUUGCUCUACAAAUGUAGUAUCUUUUAUAGUUAGCUAUAGCUAUAGUAUAUAUUUUAUAGUACAUUUUUUAAAUUAUUUAAUUGUAAUUAAUAUAAUUAAUUAUAUUCAUAAUAAACAAUUAGGGCAUAUAUAUAAUAGAUAUUAGAAUUAAAGUAUUUAUAUUUAUGAAUUUAAAUAUAUUAAAUAUUUAUGGUAAUUUACACCUAUUUUUUCUGCCAUUUGUAACACAAAUAUUUAAAUUAAAGG